AAAACAUUUCCAUUACACUCAUCAUCUAUUGGCAGUAGUAGUUAGGCCUAUCAGAAUCCUUCAUUUACAACUUCAAAAAAAGAUCCAAAAUGCUGAAUACUUUUGGAUGUUUUUCGUGGAAAUCAUGCGUUUUCUUGACUGGCUUCAUCACCAUGUCACUAAUGAGCGCUACCACGGUUUUAUGCUCAGAUGGUGAGACUCUAGACGAAAGCUUCACGCCACUUUCUGAAAUGACCUACAAUCCGUUCUCAGAUUACAUGUUAACACUAGGGAUUUAUUAUGAAGCCUCCAUUCUUCAUGAAUUGCCGCAAAAGGCUCUGAAAAGUCAACUGAUCAGUGACUUGUUCCCUGUUAAUGUGUUAAAAACUGACAAAUAUUUCAACUGGGAGUUCACAGUAGUGGUUGGAGUCGAAACAGGCAUUGCUGGCCACCUAAAUAAGUUUCCCAGCCACAGGCCGCUAUUCGAACAUGCUGUGGGGUUAUGGCGGCAGCAGAACCGAAAUGCUAUUCUCGGUGUUGAACAGGUUGCAAAUUCAAAGACGGGUACCGCAGAUCCGACAACAGAAUGUGUUUAUUCUGUUGCAAAACAAGUGCUUGAGGCCACUUUGGCAGAAAGAAACGUGAAAUUGGACGAGGAUGAGGUUCAAAAACUCAUCACGGUCAUAAAUCAGAAAUUCAGCUUGGAGUAUUUGUACACGGUGCUCCCAGUUUACAAGAGAAUGCUGUUUGCAAAGAUGGCCAGCUAUUUCGAGAGUGGUCAAUUGGACGACUUAUUUGCCAAUUUGCAAGAUGAUGAUUAUUAGGCCUAUCAAUAAAAAUUGCGUAAGAACUAUUUUGAGAUGAAUCAAUAAAAAUCACCUUUUUGGAAUCAUAAUAGCUUGUAAUAUAAUAUUGUAUUCUGUUUAAUUAAUUUUAAUUGUGUUAUAUUACAGAUUCUACAGUUUUUGUUCCACAGUGAAUAUUAAAAUUAACAUACUCACUUUCUAGCAUUGUUACAUUUUUUUCUUGUUUAUCUUGUGUUACAAUCAAUAAAAUGAAAAUAAUAAAUUAAUAAAACCAAUAUAAAAAUCUUGUAGUACCCAAGAAUAUAUUUAUAUUGUUUUUAUUAACUUGUUCAAAAGUAGCCCAUGUAAGUGAAGUGUUUUUAUGAAAAUAAUAAUAUGAUUAGGGUACGUGCAUGAAAAAUCUUCAAAAGGUGAAAUAAAUUAUCCAUUACGAGAAUAAACUGUGAUUUUCUCAUCAAUAAUGUUAUUUUCUGUGGAGUUCCUAGUGCGAAUAAGGAACAUCACCGAUUAUGAAUAACCCUUCCCCAACCCGCAAUGGAAAUGGAGACGGUCAAAUGACUGACUAAUAAUACAAAUAAAGAUGGGUAUUUGAGAAAAUAAUAUUAAAACACUUUAAACUAG